AUCUACGUGAUCCGUGCUACGCGUAGACAGUGAUGAAGUUCGGUCUUGCGUUCGCGGCGGUUCUGAGUGCUGUCACUCGGGUUAGCGCUUGCGAGGAUGAUCAUGCCCACACUCACGUUCAUAGCAAAAGGGCAUUUCCUCAAACGAUUCUACCUCCCCCUACGAGGCCUCUGCAAUGGGGAGACGUGAACAUCAUUCACACGACCGACAGUCAUGGCUGGCUUUUGGGACAUCAGAAAUCGUCCUUCCCGGAACCGAAUUAUAGCGGUGACUUCGGCGAUUUCGCUUCAUUCGUCAAGCACAUGAAGGAGGUCGCUGAGGAACGCGACGUCGACCUCUUACUUGUCGAUUCGGGAGAUUUGCACGACGGUACUGGGCUGUCGGACGGAUUCCCCACCGGUGGAGUUGAUGCGCACGAGUCGAACAAAUUCUUCGCCCAGCUUCCUUACGACGUUCUCGCCAUCGGAAAUCAUGAACUGUACAUCUACAACAACACCCUUGACAUGUACAAGAACUUCGCUCCACAAUUCCCUGGUCGCUAUCUCUCCUCCAACGUCAACAUCACCGUCAACGACACGAGCGGAAACCCCGUUAGCGUCCCUGUCGGCAGUCGUUUUGCGAAGUUCAACACCACAAAAGGCCGGAGUGUGACCGCACUCGGCGUGCUCUUUGAUUUUACCGGAAACGACGAGAAUACGACGGUCCAGAAGGUUGCAGAUAUGGUGAAGGAAUCCUGGUUCGCAGAUGCUAUCGCUGAAGAGCCUGACUUUUUCUUGCUCGUAGGACAUAUGCCCGUUUCGAACGAUAGUUGGCCCGAUGUUUUCAAUGCUAUCCGUGCCGUCCAUCCUGACACACCUAUGAUCGUUCUCGGCGGCCACUCGCACAUCCGCGACUGUCAAAUGUACGACGGUCGUGCUAUGGCUCUCGAGAGCGGAAGAUACAUGGAGACAGUCGGCUGGUUGAGCGUAGACCUCGACGAGGCAAACGACAAGCAAAACCUCACCUUCAGCCGUCGUUAUCUCGAUCCUAACCGUGUCACUUACGAAUUCCACGCAAAUCGGAGUAACACCACCUUCGACACAACCGCAGGCGAGAAUAUCACUACUGGUCUGAACCAGCUGGCUGAGGCCUUUGAUCUGCCGUUCUUCUUCGGAACGUCUCCUAGGGAUUUCACGCUUACUAGGGAUGCAUACCCCUCGAACGGCUCCCUCCUAUCGCUCUACAUCGACGAGGCAACACCUACCGCGCUUUCCGUUAACAACACCCGCGCAGACGUCCCUCGCAUCGUCAUCGCCAACUCCGGCGGCCUCCGCUUCGACAUCUUCUCUGGCACAUUCACGAAGAACGACCAGCUCACAGCAUCGCCCUUCACGGAUGGCUUCCUCUUCAUCCCCAACGUCACGCUCGGUGUCGCAUCGCAGGUAUUACCCGUCCUGAACGGCGAUUCAUCCUUCGCGGAUACUAAACGCAGGAGUGUCGCUGAGAAUGAGAAAAGGGAGAGGGAAAAGGAAAGUGAGAUGAAAUGGAGGAGCGUGCAUGAGGUUUCUGUGAGAGAGAGGAUGGAGCGGAAGAUUAGGACGAGGGAGGAGGAGCUCUGGGCUAGGGGGGAUGUUGCGGCAAGGUAUAAUCGCUGGUUGAAGGAAAUGGAUAGGAGGGACGGAGUGCAGAGGAGGGAUGCGGGGAAUUUGACGUUGGGAUAUGUUACGACUGAUAACUGCCCCGGCGUAGGUGACGACAUUUUACACUCCCCCCUCCCCUUCUUCGACACCCCGGACUACAUCCAAUCCACCGCGCCCUCCAACAUAACAGACUCGGACCCCAUCGAUCUCGUGUUCAUCGAUUUUAUCGAGAGCGAUGUGCUCGACGUGUUGAAUCUAGCGCAGAGCGAGGUGGAGUAUACGAGUGCGGACGUGCAGACUUAUAGUCCGUUGGUGACGAAUGAGGUGCUGGGGAUAUUUGCUCAGAUUUCGUGGAAUUGAGGA